CCUGUGUGAAGGAAAUGUGCCAGCUUCUCCAUUGGAUAGCCCAUUUGAGGAGCUGGACAGCCCAAAUAACACCGCAGGGCAUACUGCGAUGUUUACAAUCGGCAGCCAGACCAACUUGACCAACCUGGCCAGCACUCGUGGCUCCUUUCCGGAGCGAAUUUUAGAGGACUCUGGCUUUGAUGAGCAGCAAGAGUUUCGCUCCCGGUGCAGCAGUGUCACUGCAGUUAUGCAAAGAAGGGUUCAUGACACAAACCUGAAAAUACAGCCACGCAGAAGACAUGCAAGUGCACCCAGUCACGUUCAGCCCUCCGAUUCUGAGAAGAACAGGACAAUGUUGUUCCAGGUUGGAAGGUUUGAAGUUAACCUCAUCAGUCCAGACACCAAAUCUGUUGUGCUUGAGAAGAAUUUUAAAGAUAUCUCCUCAUGUUCUCAGGGUAUAAAACAUGUUGAUCACUUUGGCUUCAUUUGCCGGGAAUCUGUUGAACCUGGGUUAAGCCAGUAUGUUUGCUAUGUGUUCCAGUGUGCAAGUGAGUCUCUGGUUGAUGAGGUAAUGCUUACCCUGAAACAAGCCUUUAGCACCGCUGCAGCUCUGCAAAAUGCCAAGACGCAGAUUAAACUGUGUGAGGCCUGCCCUAUGCAUUCAUUGCACAAACUUUGUGAAAGAAUUGAAGGACUCUAUCCACCAAGGGCCAAACUUGUAAUUCAGAGACAUCUGUCGUCACUAACUGAUAAUGAGCAAGCGGAUAUUUUUGAACGUGUUCAGAAAAUGAAGCCUGACAAUGACCAGGAAGAAAAUGAACUUGUGAUCUUACAUCUACGCCAACUCUGUGAAACUAAGCAGAAAACGCACAUUCACAUUGAUGAAGCACCAUCGACCAUUUCUAACAGUGCGAUUCCAGAAAGCACCACCAGUGGUGGCAGGUUUAAACUUGACAUUCUGAAAAACAAGGCCAAGAAAUCCUUGACUAGCUCUCUGGAAAAUAUCUUCUCAAGGGGAGCCAACAGAAUGCGAGGCCGCCUGGGAAGCGUGGACAGCUUUGAGCGCUGCAACAGCCUUGCUUCUGACAAAGACGGCGAUUCCCCGCCAGCUACUCCGCCGGCAUCCCCCGUGUUCUCGGCCUGGCAGCCGUUUCCCGAGGAAGACUCGGACUCCCCCCAGUUCAGGAGGCGCGCGCACACCUUCAGCCACCCCCCCUCCAGCACCAGGCGGAGGAUAACCUUCCAGAACGGGAGGUCCCAGAGCGUCCGGUCCCCGCUGCUGCGGCAGAGCUGCGUCGAGGCGACAAGUGAUGGGGAGGGAAAGAAAAGAACAUCAACCGUCUGCAGCAGUGAAUCUCUAAAUGCUGUGGGGGCCACACUCACACCUCGCCGCAUCUCCUGGCGGCGGAGAAUAUUCCUGCAGGUAGCUUCACCUAUGAAUAAAUCUCCUUCCAAGAUGCAGCAUCCAGAUGGUCAUGACGGAAGUGAAUUGUUACCAUUAUCCCCUCUUGCUCCACCCUUGGAGGAGGACCCUCUUGUUCUAGUAUUGCAAAAUGAGGAUGGUCCAGAUAAAACUGGAGAGAGGAAAAACUCAGAAGAACUACAAAGUCUGUGGAGAAAAGCCAUCCAUCAACAAAUUCUGUUACUUCGAAUGGAAAAAGAAAACCAGAAGCUGGAAGAAGCAAGCAGAGAUGAGCUCCAAUCAAGAAAAGUCAAACUGGACUAUGAGGAAGUUGGUACAUGUCAGAAAGAUGUCAUAAAUGUUUGGGACAAGAAGUUACUAAACUGCAGAGCCAAAAUCCGAUGUGACGUGGAAGAUAUUCAUUCCACUUUGAAAGAAGGUGUACCUAAAAGUUGUCGGGGAGAAAUUUGGCAGUUCUUGGCUGUGCAACAUCGAGUCAGACACAGACUGCCAAACAAGCAGCAGCCUCCUGACAUCUCUUACAAAGAACUUCUGAAACAACUGACUGCUCAACAGCACGCCAUCCUUGUAGAUCUAGGACGGACGUUCCCUACGCAUCCUUACUUUUCUGCCCAUCUGGGAGCAGGACAGUUAUCACUCUUUAAUCUCCUGAAAGCAUACUCAUUGCUGGACAAAGAAGUGGGUUAUUGUCAAGGUAUAAGCUUUGUAGCUGGAGUGCUCCUUCUACAUAUGAGUGAGGAACAGGCCUUUGAAAUGCUGAAAUUCCUCAUGUAUGACCUUGGCUUCCGUAAACAGUACAGGCCAGACAUGAUGUCGCUGCAGAUUCAGAUGUAUCAGCUCUCAAGGCUUCUUCAUGAUUAUCACAGAGACCUGUAUAAUCAUCUUGAAGAAAAUGAAAUCAGUCCCAGUCUUUAUGCUGCACCGUGGUUUCUUACACUGUUUGCAUCUCAGUUUCCAUUAGGAUUUGUAGCCAGAGUAUUUGACAUUAUUUUUCUUCAAGGAACGGAAGUCAUAUUUAAAGUAGCGCUGAGCCUACUUAGCAGUCAAGAAACCUCUAUAAUGGGAUGUGAGAGUUUUGAGAACAUUGUUGAUUUUCUUAAAACCACUAUUCCCGAUAUGACUCAACCUCAAAUGGAAAAAAUUAUUACCCAGGUGUUUGAGAUGGAUAUUUCAAAACAGCUCCAUGCCUACGAAGUAGAGUACCACGUUCUUCAGGAUGAACUGCAGGAAAAUGUGAAUCUCUCUGAUGAAGGUGAACCCCUGGAGAAGCUGGAGAGGGCAAACAGUCAUCUGAAGAGACAAAACAUGGAUUUGUUGGAGAAGCUACAGGUUGCUCAUGCUAAAAUUCAGAGUCUGGAAUCCAGCCUGGAGACUAUUUUGACUCGAGAGAACAAAAUGAAGACUGUAAUUCAGUCCCUGGAACAGGAGAAGAUAACAUAUCAAAAGACUCUUGAGCAGAUAAUGAAGUAUUUGCCAGCAGAAGUGUUGUCUGACUGUGAACUGCUCCUGAAGGAAGUAAACUACAAUCCAAAUAAUAAAAUAAAAUAAGGACUAAGCCAUAAACCAGGGUUUUCUAGGCAGCAUUUCUUCAAAAAAGGGAAGGAAAAGAUGAGUAUGCUGCUUUCAAAGGACUUAGCAAUAGGCAACAGUAUCAUCCAGAACUAGUGCUGGGACACUCAUAGCUACAGAUGGGCCUUCAAAUGUCAGUAUGCAAAUUCAGGCUGUUAAUUUUUUUAUGAUUGUGUAAAUAAAUCACAAGGGGGAAAUAAAGGAUUCUCACGUGUAAUUAUCAUAAAUAGAUGUAUAUUUAGAGUUGACCUAAAGGAAAAGAGAAAUUUCAGUAAUCAAAGCGAAGAUAAUGGUGUUUUACAAAUUCACUCUGGAUGUGCUUUCUCUUGUAGUGAAAUGAGGAAUGCGUGUCUUUAUAUAUAAUGUAUGUUGAAUAAUACUUGAAGAAAAAAAAAGAAGAAUGUAAUUUUCCCUCCAAAGAGCAGCACGUUUCACAUCUUCUGUGGAAAAUCUGUGUGAACUCAUGCGUGCCUCUCUUAAUUCUACUGACAUUGUGUGCACAGACCAAUAAGCAGAAUAAGUAUCAUGACUUGGUUCGUACAGAAAGAGCUCUAGUGCCAUCCGCUGCCUGGGCUGUACUGGUCAGCAAUGUAAUUCCACAUGCAUGUUGGAACUGGAAACAAAAAGCAUCAUGUCAUAGCUCCGCCUCCAUAGCUCAAUGCUAAGAAAUAGGUAUCUAUACACACCCGCAGAACUUGUAAAGACAAGAGCUAACGGUGACUGCUACUUCCUUCCCCGGCCUGUUUGCUUCCACCUGUCCUGGGGCUGGUCAUGAUGACAAGAGGAAGGAAGCAAGGCUGUGGGGUGGUAUUUAUUCUGAUGUUAAUUUCCUGCAGGAGACUUGCUGUCAUAAGACUAUGGCAUGUAAGAAGUUCUCAUUUAACCAAAGAAAUACUACAAGAAGCCUUGUCUUAUCGUAGUGGGAGCCAGAAAGCUGUUCUUAAAUUUUAUUUGAAGAGAAAAUUGAGGCGGGUUGCAGGAAGUUGAGCAUAAAGUGCACGAGAGAGGACCAAGCAAGUUUCAAAUAUUAUGUACCUUUCAAUUCUCACAUACACAGUGGAUAUACAUUUCAAAGGGGAUUCUGAAGUACAGGUGCAGUUUUAAUAAUGCUUUCCAGGUUAUUCCUGUUUUAAUACUGCUUUGUGGUCUUCUUUUUAAAACAGAAGUUAUGAAUUUGUGUGUUCUGGGCAGAAGGUAGGUAAGCUCUGAUCAUUUCAAGGGAGAAAAUAUGUUUAUAAAGGUAUAAAAAGAUGCAUAUAGAUUUGAAAAUGUUUUUGAGUGGAAUUUUUGAGAAGACUUAGACAACUGUGUAAUAGACACGUAUUUUGGAGUGCAUGUCUGAACCGUUAACUGAGUGUUACAGUGGCUCAUGUUAUCUCUUACCAUUUAUACUGUAUUUCAGGAAACACUUAUUCUUUUUAGUAAGAAAAACAAUUAAGCGAAGUGCCAAAUCCAGCAGUGUCUUUAUGCAUAAGAUUGUCCAAUUUAGAAAGCAAGGACUGAAUAUCACGGCUCUUUAAGUAUUGUGCUUUAUGUUAACAUAGAAGUGAGGAACAGCAAUGCUGAUUUGCUGCACGCUGCUGUGGAACUUAGGGGCUUGGGGGUCUCCUGUUCUUUUGUUGUUGUUGUUUUUUACUUCCAUGGUGUUUUAUUUGAUUAAAGAUAUUGAUUUACUUAAUAGUCUUUCUUUUUACAGUUGGGGUGCAAGGUCUUAACACUGUGUAUAAAAUUAUGUGGAAUCUGUCUA